GACCACCACCACCACCCCGACGACGCCAUGCUCCGCCUACGCCCCGUCCUCGCCGCAGGCAGCCUCUCCAGGAGGUAUGCCACGGCCGCAAGUCCUCACGCACUCGUCCUGCUCGAGCAUCGUGCCGGAGUCAUCGACUCGGGCUCUCUCUCUGCCCUUACUGCUGCUCAGCAACUUGGAGGUCAGAUCACUGGCCUCGUCGUAGGAGCCCCUGACGAAGUCAAGGGCGUGGUUGAGAAAGCGAAGAAGCUGAAGGGGCUCACGAGCGUGCUGCACUCCUCGUCGGAGCAGUACGCCCACAACAUCCCUGAACUGGUCUCUCCACUGCUCGAGAAGCUGCUCUCAGACAGCACGUCCUACACGCACGUCGUCUCCGCUCACUCCUCGUCCGCGAAGUCGAUUCUCCCCCGUGUGGCUGCGCGCCUCGACCUCCCGGCGGUGUCCGAUAUUACCUCUGUGGAGCACGACGGCUCGUCCAACUCAACCACGUUCACGCGCCCUAUCUACGCCGGAAACGCCAUCUCGACAGUGCGCGCACCCGACUCCGUCCGCGUGAAGUUCUUCACCGUGCGCUCGACUGCGUUCAAGGCGUCCGCCGCGGACGAGGCCGCCCAAGUCGAGGACAAGGCCAUCGACCCGGUAGAGGUCUCGGACGCCCCCACGCAACAUGUGCGCACAGACCUCACCAAGUCGGACCGCCCCGACCUAGGCUCCGCAAGCCGCGUCGUAUCCGGCGGCCGCGCGCUGAAGAACGCGGAGACCUUCAAGGCUACGCUAGAGCCCCUCGCGGACGCUCUUGGCGCAGCCAUCGGCGCGUCGCGCGCGGCGGUGGACGCUGGUUAUGCGGACAACUCCUUGCAGGUCGGUCAGACCGGCAAGGUCGUCGCGCCUGAGCUGUACAUGGCGAUCGGUAUUUCCGGUGCCAUUCAGCACUUGGCGGGAAUGAAGGACUCAAAGCUCAUCGUAGCAAUAAACAAGGAUCCCGAGGCUCCCAUCUUCCAGGUUGCGGAUGCUGGCCUUGUGGCAGACUUGUACGAGGCGGUACCGGAGUUGGUGCAGAAGCUCAAGCAGUAGGCACGAGAAGUCAAUAACAUGCACAUAGACUGCUCCCAAACCCACUGGUGACUUCUCUAACUAACGGUCAAGCUGCCAAAACCUAUCGUGCUC